UUUUAGUUGCCCAGCAUUCCACAGACCUGGACCAUUUCAUUGAGAUCUAUAUAUAACACAGAGGGGACGCUGCUUGCCAGAGCAACACAAGUCUAGCAGCACAGGAAAAGGAUUAUACAGAAAGAUAAAGUUUCUCUGUUCACAAAUUCAAGAUGGAAGAUCCCAUUCAGCUAAAGGAAGAGGGCAACAAAUAUUUCAAGGCUAAUGAUUAUGACCAGGCUAUAGACUGCUACAGUAAAGCCCUGAAACUUAUAACAGACAAGAAGAUACAGGCUCUGCUGUACAGAAACAGGGCAGCCUGUUACCUUAAAAAGGAAAAUUAUGUGCAGGCUGUGACAGAUUCAACAAAAGCUAUUGAUGUGGAUGCAUCAGAUGUCAAAGCUCUGUUCAGACGCUGCCAGGCACUGGAGAAACUUGGGAAACUGGAUCAAGCAUUUAAGGAUGUUCAAAGAUGUUCAACAAUUGAACCAAAGAAUAGGACAUUCCUGGAGACACUACACCGUCUUGGGUCUGAAAUACAGGAGAAGCUACGUGUUCAGUUUUCCACCGACUCCAGAGUUCAGCAGAUGUUUGACAUCUUGCUUGAUCAGAACAGUGAUAAAGAAAAGAGAGAGAAGGCAGCCAACAAUCUCAUAGUCCUGGGAAGAGAAGAUGCUGGUGCUGAACGGAUUUUCCAGAAUAAUGGUGUGAAUCUUCUCAUGCAAUUGGUGGAUACCAAAGAUCCAGAGCUGAUCUUGUCUGCAGUAAGAACUCUUUCUGGCAUGUGCACUGGGCAUAAGGCACGGGCAACAGCUAUUCUGCAUGUAGUGGGUUUUGACAAAAUCUGCAGUAUUAUGGCUGUAGACCAUGAAGAGAUAGCCCUUGCGACAUGUAACCUGGUGCAGAACAUUGUGGAUUCUUUAACUGGCGAGGAUAAGAGGGAGCAUGGAAAAGAAGAAGCUUUGGUUUUGGACACAAAAAAAGACUUGAAAAUGAUCACAACCCUUCUGUUGGAUAUGCUCUCCAGUAAGAAAGUAUCUGGGCAUGGCAGGGAUCAAGCGCUGAAUCUGCUGAACAAAAAUAUCCCUCGUAAAGUCUUACAUAGGAAUACAGACAACUCCAAAACACUUUUUGUGGUUGACACAGGUUUGAAGAAGAUUCUAAAGGUUUUGAGUCAAAUACCAGAACUACCUAAUUGUCUUCCUUUGACUGCGAACACACGAAUAAAUGCCUCUAUUCUGCUGAAUAAGCUUUAUGAUGACUUAAGGUGUGACCCUGAGAGAGACAACUUCAGAAUAAUCUGUGAGGAAUAUAUAACAGGCAGUUUUGACCCAAAGAAUAUGGAGAAGAACUUGCAUGCCAUACAGACCAUAUCUGGUAUCUUGCAAGGGCCCUUUGAUCUUGGAAACAAGCUCCUUGGUAUGCAGGGAGUAAUGGAGAUGAUGGUUGCAUUGACUGCAUCAGAUAAAGAAAUAGAUCAACUUGUGGCUGUAGAAGCUCUGAUUCAUGCCUCCACAAAGCUCAGCCGGGCCUCCUUUAUCAUCACCAAUGGCGUGUCGUUAUUGAAAGAGAUCUACAAAAAGACAAAGAAUGAAAAGAUUAAGAUUCGUGCUCUGGUGGGACUCUGUAAACUCGGUUCCGCUGGUGGUACGGAUUAUGCAUUAAGGCAGUUUGCUGAGGGUUCUACAGAUAAACUUGCUAAGCAGUGCAGAAAGUGGUUAUGCAACCCAGAAAUUGACAUACAAACCAGAAAGUGGGCAGUGGAAGGCCUGGCUUACCUGACCUUAGAUGCUGAUGUAAAGGAUGACUUUGUAGAAGAUGAGCAAUCUCUGAAAGCCAUGUUUGAACUAUCAAAGACAGCUGAUAAGACCGUCCUUUAUUCUGUGGCAACCACUCUGGUGAACUGCACCAACAGCUAUGAUGUGAAAGAGGUCUUACCCGAGCUGGUACAGCUGGCAAAGUUUUCUAAGCAGCACGUUCCUGAACAACACCCAAAGGACAAGAAAGAUUUUGUAGUGAAACGUGUGAAAAGGCUACUAAAAGCAGAUGUGAUUUCUGCCCUUGCUUGCAUGGUGAAAGCAGAUAGUGCUAUACUUACAGAUCAGACCAAAGAGCAACUUGCCAGGGUUUUCCUGGCUUUGUGUGAAGAUCCCAAGGAUCGUGGCAUUAUUGUUGCCCAGGGAGGAGGCAAGGCCAUGAUUCCUCUGGCUUUAGAAGGUACAGAUGUUGGGAAAGCAAGAGCCUCUCAUGGUCUGGCUAAAAUUGCAGCUGUAUCAAACCCAGAUAUGGCAUUCCCAGGAGAAAGGGUGUAUGAAGUUGUCCGUCCUUUGGUCAGUUUACUGAACACAGAGAGAGAUGGCAUCCAGAACUUUGAAGGACUCCUUGGCCUUACUAAUUUAGCUGGAAAGAGUGACAAGCUGAGGAGUAAAAUUGUAAAGGAAAAGGCUCUUCCUGAAAUUGAAAACUACAUGUUUGAGAAUCAUGAGCAGAUUCAGCAAGCUGCCACUGAGUGCAUGUGUAACAUGGCGACAAACAAAGAGGUUCAAGAGAGGUUCAUAGCAGAAGGAAAUGACCGACUGAAGCUGGUUGUCUUGCUGUGUGGAGAAGAUGAUGAAGUAAAACUGCAACGAGCUGCAGCAGGAACCCUGGCAAUACUUACAUCUGCCCACAAAAGGCUGUGUCACAAAAUGACAGAAGUGACUACUCAGUGGAUGGAGAUCCUGCAGAGACUGUGUCUGAAUGAUGACUUGCAGGUCCAGCACCGUGGAGUUGUGAUUGCAUGCAAUCUUAUCUCUGCUGACAAAGACCUGGCCAAGAAACUGGUGGAGUCUGAGAUGCUUGAGAUUCUGACAGUACUUGGCAAGCAAAAGGAUAACCAAAAGAACCAGCAUAUUAUCAAUGUGGCACGUGAGGCUCUGAUUAAAUGCCUGGAUUAUGGCUUGAUUAAGCCUUUCUCUUGAGUGGCACAGAGUAACUGCUAACAUGGCUGCCACUAUUACGUCUCAUGUGAGGUUAGAGUGGAUGCAAGGGUUACAUUCCCACCCAUAGAUCUGUAACAACACUAUUGUAGAAGCAACAGAAGAAUUAUUGGAUGGUUUACAGCUAAGCUUCUUUGUAAUUUGAAGACACAGAUGGUAUCAGGGCAAAGUCAAAGAGAAUUUUCUGGAUUUGCAUAAUAAAAAAUAAUCCAUCUCCGUUUUUCACCUGUUACUGAAUCAAUCUGCAUCAAUCUGUACUUAAAUCUUUUAUUUUUAGAUAUCAUACAUAGGAAUAUAUAUGCAUUGUUAGAAAUGCAUUCAACAGCUAUUUGUUUUGGCAACUGUGUCCCCUUCCCCUCAAAUCAUCAUUUAUUAUAUAUUUUAGGGGCACUGUAUUAGUACAAUGAGAAAAAUAAAACAUAGUAUUUUCAAUUGUUUUUAUUAUUGUAUGACAUGGAGAAAAAGAAAAUGCAUUUGUAUUUUUUUCUGACUGUUUUCUGUUUUUUUUUUACUAAAAUAAAGUUGCUCAUACUCUAAA